AUGACCCCGAACACCCCCAUCAAGCCCGAGGCCCUCGACGAGCAGAUCGACCUCGCCGACGCCACCAUCCUCGUCGUCGACGACCACGAGCAGAACCUCGAGCUCAUCCAGGCCUACCUCGAGGACGUCGGCUGCGGCGUCACCUCCGCCUCCGACGGCGUCGAGGCCCUCGAAUCCGUCGACCGCCAGGCGCCGGACCUCAUCGUCCUCGACGUCAUGAUGCCCCGCAUGAGCGGCUUCCAGGUCUGCCAGAAGAUCAAGGCCAACCCCGCCACCCGCGACAUCCCCGUCGUGAUGGUCACCGCCCUGAGCGAAGUGGGGGACGUCGAGCGCGCCGUCGAAGCCGGCGCCGACGAGUUCCUCACCAAACCCGUCCACAAGAUCGAACUCGUCACCCGCGUCAAGGCCCUCCUCCGCUACAGCCUCCUCAAGAAGCAGUACGACGCGGCACUGGAGCAGGUGAAGAAGCUGGGCGGGUGA